UUCUCAUGUACCUAAGUACGAUAAACGUACCCGAGCUAUGAAUUUUUAACCUCACAAUUUCCGUGUCUACGUGUACUUACUUGGCGAAUAUGUGAAUUUUUAACAGAUACUUACUCUUUUUUCACACCUAGUGUACCUACCAUCCAUGUACGUAACUUUCGCGUACUCGUACAUAGAUAAUUUGAAAAGUUGGCGAGUAAUAUUAGCACGACUCGAUGGAGGAGAACAGGAAGGCGGUGGCGAGUUUCGGCGAUAAUGGAUCGAUACGUACGAUGAGCUCGACGACGAUUUAGAGUCGGAAAUUGCACGUUUACGUAAGAUAUGCGAAUUGACUCGACGACGUCAUAAAUGCUUUGCCCUCUGAACGAAGAUAAUUUCUUCUCGGAGCAAUGUGGAUUAGUGGAAUUAAACAAGACGUUGAAUUUCAGCAUCGAAGAAGCUUUCAAUAUAUUAUUAGAGUAUAAGCAAUCGGGCCGAAAUUUAAGCCAAACCGGCGAAGCGGUAUUUAUAAUAAUUUACGUGUUGCUGAUCGGCGUCGGCGUCUGCGCCAAUAUGAUGGUAUGCUUCGUCGUGGCGAGAAAAUCGCAAAUGCAUACGCCUCGUAAUUUGUACAUCGUGAAUUUGAGCAUAUCCGAUAUGACGAUGUGUUUCAUAUGUAUGCCAUUCACGUUGAUAUCAAUUUUAAGAAGAGAAUGGCAUCUAGGAUCGGCCUUAUGUAAGCUGGUGCCGGUAUUAGAGGGCACCAAUAUCAUGAUUUCCAUCGGUACCAUAACCAUGAUCGCCAUGGACAGAUAUUUUACCAUCGUUAGGAGACAUAAUUCCGUAUCUACCAGAUCCAGCGUUAUUAGCUGUAUUAUUAGCGUGUGGAUGUUCUCCAUAUUGGCCACAUCGCCGCUGGCUUAUUACCAAGUGGUGGAACCGCUGAGUUUUCAUAAAGUCAUACUGUACAACGCUUGCAUCGAGAAAUGGCCAUCGCACGGCUUAAAAGUUGGAUACAACGUGUGUAUUCUAAUCGUACAAACAGCGAUACCGGCUACGGUUGUUGGCACAGUGCAUCUGCGAAUCGCUUCCUAUCUUAAUAAGCACGCUAAAUCUCAAACCAACUCGCGACGAGCUCUGAAAGAGUUACAAAGGAACAGAAAAACCACUUUUCUUUUACUAGGCAUAGUUAUCCUCUUCUUAGCGAGCUGGCUCCCAUUGAGUAUGUUCUCUCUACUAGUUGACGUGCUCUACCCACCAGAGAAAUCCAAAGAAGUCUCGGCUGAAAAAUUAUACCUUAUUUUAGCCAUCUGCCACGUUAUAGCCAUGUCAUCCGCUGUAUCCAACCCUAUCGUAUACGGCUGGCUGAAUUCCAACAUUAGACACGAGUUCUUACAAUUAUUCUCGUCCAAAUGUACCAAUCGAAAUUAUAAUAAAAAUAACGAAGACCAGACUACAACUAGAACAGUGUUGGCUACUUCAACUCAACGCAAAAGUGGCCCAGUUACAGUGCAAUUGAAAUCCGAACGAUCAGAAAAAGCUCCUUCUCCUCCGGCUGUUCAUGUAGAUUCUUUUAUGCUCUAAUUUCAUCGUUAGCAUACUAGUCAAUGUGUGGUUUCAACCUUCAUUAUUUUAUUAUGGCGUAUUAUUAUUUUUUCCCAUAUACGUGUAUGUUUGUUUUUCCUUGUUGUUGUAUGUAAAAGUGCUAUUAAUUUGUUAUAAUAUAUUUUGUUGGUUAUAAAAGUAUAGGUACUACUACUAAGUUGUGCCCAUUACAAGCUGUAUGUUUAUUUAUUUAUUUAAUUUUUUUCUAAAUGUUUUGUAUGUUUUUUUCAUAUUAUUGUGUAAUGUUUUUUUUUUGCAAAUUGGAAUACGUAAUUUAUUAAAUACGCGAUGAGCGCAAUUUGUGAAUAAAUAAACGGCGAAUUGUC